CUUCUUUUUUACGGGGAUUUACUUCCAUGCGUGGUUCUAAAUAAUAUUAUUAAUUGAUUCAUGUACCUGAUACUUCGGAACACAGAUUAUGAAUUUCGAUCAUCAUCGUUUCCAAGCACGAGUCGUUUCCCGUUUUUUGAACAUUCAUGUCAAGAUUUUGACACCACAGGACGAUAAAUUAAUACCAAGCAUAUAGAAAUCUCACAACCACUACCACACAGCUUGCCUAGAUCGUCAACAAAGUGGAAUUGAACAGAUGUGAUGACGGACGUGCGCGGCAGAAGUUGGUUUCAUUUUUAGAAGAAUUACCCAUUUUGCUGGCUGCUGUCGUAGCAAACAGUGCCUGCAUAGUUCCUUCCCAACCAACCGUGAAAGAUGUAGUGCGUAAAACCAACUGCCGCAGCAAUCGUUUGUGCAUGUUUUAUCAGCAGCUAUCUUGUGUGUUUGUGUUCUUCUGGCCAUCAGCAAAGCAACCCAGCAACCGAAUGAGCAAUAGUGAGAACGGCGUAGAAGGCGCCUGCGAUGGUGGCGAAGCAGAUUAUGCCCCUCCGGAGAUACCUGCUACUUCCACGUCGUCGUUAAGAUGUCCAUCUGAGUGGUUGGAAGUGGACAGUUUGAGAGACAUUUUCGAUACGGCCAUUCAGUCGAAUGUGGACGCCGUUCCAGAAGCUGCAGGAUCGAACGAUGCGGAUAUCGAACCAUCGCUGUUUGCGAGCGGAAGCAAUUCGCUCGAUUACGCACCGGCACCAUCCACACCGGUACGUGUUUCCCGACCAAAUCGGGAGUUUUCCCAUGCCAUCCAGAAUGCCCUUGCGGAGGAAUGCCCUUACAUGUAUGAUACGAACGGAGGAGGUGAUGCUUGCUAUCCACCGACGAGCAAUCGUCGAUCAGCGGCGAUGCUUUUGAAUGGGAACACAUCCGCAGUAGUGGAUCCACCGGUAGCACCGAUUCCUAUCAUGCCCAUUCCACCGGCCGCUGUGUUUCCGUCAGCUUCAUCCUCAUCCCUACCACCACGUACCCGUGUGCGUUAUGACUAUUCGAAGCACAAUCAAGUAGGCUUUGGUUCGAUGUACCGGCAGUACCAUCAACACCAUCAUCAUCAUACCGGGACGGGCGGUACUUUAUCGUCGGGAACGUUUGGGUCGCAUGCGAGCCAUGGUGGGCGUACCUUUGCCAAUGAUACACCCGUGCCAAAUCAGCACCACUAUCAGGUUCACUAUCGCCACCAGGGUAUCACACCGUUGUCGUCGUCGUCAUCGGAAUCGCUCGGAUACACUACGAACGAAAAUGCCGACAUACCACCGAGGGCGACCAGCAGCGAGGUAAGACGCGCCCGCAAACGAUACAUCGAUGGUGAAUGUAUCGAACAGCAACCGCAAAGUAGCCGCUGGAGCCGAAACACAACAAUGACAGUUGCACCGUUUGAGGAAGAGAUGGAAAGUGAAGCAACUCAGCCACACACUGAAUCCUCCGGUUGUGUGACGGUUAAAAUCGAACGAAACUCCCAAGGUACGUCCUGUGCAAUGGCCAACGGUAAUGGUGCAACGGUUAAAACCGAACCUAGAUCAACAACGCCAGUCCAGCGUGGGAUUGUCUGUCGGACACCACCCACACCGACGCGGGAUGAACCACCGAUACAAAUGUUUCCAACAUUAUGUAAAGUUGAACCCUUCGAAUCGGGUACAACGCAUGGUGGUUUACCAUCAACAAUACCGCCCGAAGCUACCGAUAUGGUUGGUUCUUCACGCGUGUUUGGCCGGGUACAGGAACAACCGAAUGUUCGUCCAACGUCCAAUAAUCAACCUACCAUCAAGCAGGAGGUGGUGAAUACGCAUUGUUUUUGUCAGGAAUGUGUUCCUAUCCGUCAAAGCGAUAACAGCGAAGAACGAUACAACGCACCGGUAGUAAAGCGUGAAUGUUACUCAUGUGCUCCAGCACAAGCACCAACUGUUGCACCUUCUACCUCGACUGGCGAAGAAUCGACUGUAACGUUAUUGCCAGAAUCGAAGCCCACGGUCGUUAAGUUGGAACCGUCUGACGAACAACUGAGCACACCGUUGGUUCCUUCCGGGAGUUAUAAUGAGGUUCCGGCAGUGAUAGUGAAACAGGAACCGUCGAAAUGCUGUACCAAUAGUGCAGCACCAGAUGUGUCGAUAAAACGGUCACCAAUUGAUGCGGCCGCUGAACAAACUGCAACAUCCGAGCAUACGGAAGAGUCAAAUGUAAACGAUGGAGAAUCGAGAGCAGAAUCGAACCGGUUGGAUCUGAGCAAUAAUGCGUCCAAACUCAAUGAAACGACUGUCGCUUUGUCGCAAUCGUGCCUUUCGGAUUCUAGUUCUUCUGGUACGGUAGUCACUAAAUCCAGUACCGGCGCUCAGCGGGGUGAUUCCUCAUCGAACGGAUUGACGGAAGAUCCGCCAUCAAUGCCCGGUCCUAGCGGGUUGAAUCGGAUUCCAUCAAGAACGCGAUCUUUCGGUCGUCGUCCAACGUUUGGUAGUAAUCGAUUAAAUCGACGCCGAAGUUACCUUCCCUACUUUAGUGAUGAUGAUGACGACGAGGACGAUGAGGACGAUGAUGAUGAUGACGACGAUAUUGAUACAGACGAUGAUCGUAUCGAUGGUGUUGGUGUUUCGCGCAACACCACCAACUGUAUCAAAAAUGAGGUGGAUGAAGAUGUAAUUCUCGUGGAGGAGGACGAAGGUAAUGGGAGGAACGAAAAAUAUGCGGUGGACACCGCGCAAUCGCAACCAGGCAAGCAGGCAUCCGUACCGAAGCUGAUCACGGAUCAACCGUCGGGUUCGGGCAGUAGUAACGGACCAAACGUAUCAACCACUGGUCCAGCGGCGGCUGUAGAAACGCCUGCAAAUCCACCCACCAGUAGAUUGUACGGUUCGGAUGCGCUCGAUCCACAUCCGGAUCUGCAGCUCGAUUGGAUUACGGAUUCAAGCAGCAUCAGCAUUAGCGAUGACAAUGAUGACGUUAUUAUGGUCGAUCGUGCCGACGGUGGUUCGUCCGUUGCUGCCAACAGCUCCACAGCGGGCCCUAGUGCCAAUAGCAACGCGACACCAGUGCCUAGAAGGCAGCGUCGUACCAAAUGUCGGCAGCCGGCGACACGUGGCGAACCAAUCGAUCUAACCAAUGAUUCGGACGACGAUACCGAUCUGGAGGUACGGUCAAUACCGGAACACUACCCUUCCUAUACUUCCCGUGCCGGGUGGGCUCAGAGACAUUCCGCCUGGUUACGUCGACUGCGAAUGGAGCGAAAUAGUAAUUCGGCUGUGAGACGGUACCUGGUCCAUACGCUGCUGCCACGCAUUAAUGCCGAACGGAACAGCGAAGAUUGUGAAUUUGUACCACUGUAUUCCGCGUUCGAUCCUAACCUGGAGUUGCUGUCUGUGCCACCGCGUAGAUUGUUCAAUACGGGCAGCAUGCGUACGGUAACGCCGCCACCCCCACCACCACCACCGCCACGCUCGUACCGGAGCUAUACACCACCGCCACCUUUUGCGCACCGAACAGGCCGUGACAUUAGCCCCAGGCACCGGGAAGGAUGUACGCUAGCAACGGCCGCACAUUCAUCGCGGUCCCUCGGCCCAGACGAUCUUCAUGGUCGUUACCAUCGGCCACCGCUUUACCCGCGGGUACGGCACGCGCUCAGCCGUCGUUGGAACGUACCUUACAGUGCGUGCGAUACGCAUCGGAUAGCGCGAGACUAUCGCCGUGGUCGCUGUCCGGUUCCGUACCGACCGGCGAAUGAGACCGAACGGCCGGGGCUUCUAGGAUCGUCGCGGUCCCUGCCUGUGCUGCAUGGUGCGCGCAAUGUGCAUUCGCAUACCGCCAGCUGCACGGUAUGCCACCAUCGAAACCGUGGUCGCCAUAGCUCACCCGCCUUGCAAACAAUAUCACCCUCGCCGUUGCUUUCUACCUCAUAUUCUCCGGUUUCCCUCGCGAUGGAUCCUGCCACCGGGAAUGGUGCUGCGGUCGAUCCCGACGGUGUCACCCCAACCGAUGUGGUGGAUCUCGUCGCAUCGAACGAGGAGGAAGAUGAACCGUACGGUGUACCGGACUGUGGCCGUGCGGGUAUGGUGCCACCGAAUGGUGAGGCCACUGGUGCUGGUACUUCCACCGGUGCAUUCAGUACAACGGCCGGUGCUGUGAUCGACAAUACGUCGCUCGGUAGUUUUGCUGGGUGUAGCAACAAUCGCAACGCAAAUUACACGCCAAACUUCGUAUGGAGAACUGCGGCCAGAUCCAGCUACGAACCUUCGCUGGCAAUGCUAAGAAGGCGCGACAAUGCUGCCCCGUCCGCGGUCAUCACCGUCAGCGACAGUCCGAUCGAUUAUUCCGCUGCUACAACUCCGUCCCCACAGCAGCCAGUGCCGGCACAGUCACAACCGGAUGGAGCGGCACAGCCCACGGGUGGAGCACCGCCCACCAUUGCACGCCAGCGGCUUAACGAUCACAACAAUAAUAAUGCCCCGUCUGCAUCGACGAGACCACCACCACCAGCAUCGAACGUGGACGGUCGGGAUCCGCGGUCACCGUACGACAGUAUGAUCUCGGAUCCCGGUGCCUGGGGUCCGUCCGCAUCCCUUGACGCACGUGUUCCUUUAUCGCCGGCCUCGGUAUCACCGCCACCGUACGGCAGCUCGCGCUACUCCUUGGACAUGCGGCAGUACCAGUCGCAUCACCUGUUCGGUAUCGGUUCGGCAUCGAACCGUUUGCGGUCCCAGCGUCUCCCUUACGCGCCCCACGAAACGCUCUGGAUGCGGCAGCACCAAGCGCUGGAAACGCAGCGCCGCAUGAUGUCGGUCGUCAAUGCAAAUGAAGUGUCUGCGCCACCGCUCCAUCUGCUGUCCGGUGCCGCACCACAGGGACUACCCGCUAGCUACGCUGCACGUACCGCACAUUACGAUGCGAUGCAACAGUAUGCACCGGGCGCUCCGUCAAGCACGGGAACCGGAGCCACCCACGGUUCGUCCGCUUCCUCAUCUUCGUCGUCAUCCUCGUCCGGUUCGAAUGUGGCCCAGGCGGGUGCAUCCUCUUCGCAAUCUGCUGGCUGUACGCGGCAUCUUCUGCUGCAUCGCCAUCAUCACCAUCAUCAUCAUCAUCCCGUCGGUGGUGGCCAGCUGGCUGGUUCCGGUGCUUCCGGUGCCUGCAUGGGUACCGCUCGUGGACAACCACCACCUCCAUCGUCCCCGGCAGCAUCGGGUAGUGACGUUGGCCGUGUGGUUGGCACUGAUGGUGAGGGGUACGUGCGCUUACCGACGUCGAUGCGCAGUACCGUCAUUUUGCCAUACCAUCGAUAUUUGUCGAAUCUGAAUACGAGUAACGCACGGACCAAUCCGCCUCCGGCAGCUGAUCAGGGACUGAACCUUCGCGUGCAUCGGCCUCUACGGCGUGUUGCAAACGACCAAAACUAUAUCUUCCGUCGAAACGAUCACCAACAUGUGCAUCAUCACAUGUACCAUCAUUUACCUUCGCAGGGUAACUUCCUCGGUAGCCAUCCGGAAAUUCAGUUCAGUAUUGGGUUGCGACCGAGCUUAUUGUCCAGCCUGAAUCGGUUUGUGCGUGUUAUGGAAGAUUCCUGUACCAGUCGGGGUGCAACACAGGAGAUGAUCGAAACGCACACGUUCCCGCACAAGUACAAACGGCUAAGGCGCGUUAGCGAAACGGAUGAGGAUAGCGAAAAGUGUACGAUAUGUCUGUCGCAGUUCGAAAUCGAUAACGAUGUUAGACGAUUGCCGUGCAUGCACCUGUUCCACAAGGACUGCGUCGACCAGUGGUUGGUGACCAACAAGCACUGCCCCAUCUGCCGUGUUGACAUUGAGGUAAAGUUCAACAAGGACUACAGCAUUUGACAACCGGCGGGUGAAAGCUUUCUUCGGCCAACGCACGGACAGCGAACGGUGGAUUCGCCGCAUCGUCAGUAUCACUACGCGGUAGCACUUCCGGUCGUGGUAGCACAGCUGGACGACGAUUCGACUGUUGACGUUGGAACGGUGGAGGAAGAAGCAUCUAGUGAGGACACGUUUACCAUCCUUCCCGGCAUCUCAUCGAAUGGCGAUUGUUACCUGCCGUAGGUAACGGUACGGUACGGUUUAUCGGGGAAGAGGAUCUAUAAUUAACACGUUGUGUGCCAUGUCUAUCAUUUUUGAUAGACAGUGAAGUUUCCUGGGGGGCCAUGUCUAUCAUUUUUGAUAGACAGUAGUCGUCAUUUUCAAACUGUUAUUUUUCCGCGGUGGCUGCACUUUUCUACUUACAACCUUCGGCAAAUAUUAAGAUAAGACUUUUAUGAAACUAAUUACAUAGUUGGUUUUCGCAAAUCUUCAGUCCAUACAUUUAUAAAAGUAUAUUUUUGGGAUGCCUUUUUUCGAAAAAUCUUAACGUUUUGUUCAUAUUGCUAUCUCUUAUGUCGCGCCGUUUGAUCGUCUGCAGUGCGAGUGAGAUAAAUAUAUGCUUGAACAACAGACGAUGGAACGGCGCUUCACAAGAGAUAGCAAUAUGAACAAAACGUCAGAUUUUUUCGAAAAAAGGCAUUCCAAAAAUAUACUUUUAUAAAUUAAUUGACUAAGGGUUUCCGAAAACCAACUAUAUAAUUAGGUUCAUUAAAGUCUAAUCUACAUAUUUGCCGAAGGAUUUUUGUAAAAAUGUGGUAUCGCCGCGGAGAAAUAACAGUUUGAAAUUUACAUUUCCUGGGGGGCCAUGUCUAUCAAAAAUGAUAGACAGUCAAUUUGUAAACAAAAACGCCGUGGCCUGCUAGGAAACAUCACCAAAAUAAGCGUGGCACACAACGUGUUAAAGGGGAGAACCGAAAACCUCUGAAGGCAAUAGGAAUAGUAUGUUUUAUCGUCCCAUUUUUCGCCAUUGUUAAACUAUCAAACUACGUACUACGGUAUAAUGCAUUCACUAUUACUACUACUACUCCAAUAUGCAAUACCUUCGCAAGGCUCAACUCGCAUUCUAUCAAAUGGUCCUAUCGUACGGUUAUUGGUAGGAGCAGGCUUUGUUGCAAGUUGGGAGAAACAAAAAAAAAACAAAUAAAAACUUUACAAACAGACACAUAGGGAUGUAGAGCAGAUAAGGCAGAUUACCAGCUAAGAUGUUUCGAUUUUAUGUAUGUUUGUCCUCUGUAAAAAGCUCUUGCUGUAUGCAAUGUCUCUGUAGUACGUUAUUAUACUUCUUUCUUUAUAAAAGGACUGAAUGUUUUUUUGUUUGUUUUGCUGUUUCUUCCCUUAUGCCUUUUGAUUAGCGCAACCCGUCGUUGCACUUUUGUUUUUCUUCUAACAUUUAAUGCAUAGCAAAACGGAAGGGAUCAACAAAUUCCACUUAAAUGGUGGGGAAAAAAACGGUAGUAAUUUAAUUAUAAACACAACCUUCCAUACCUUCCUAGUCUGUGAAAACAAUAAAUAAUUAAACAUGACCCCCAUCA